AUGCCCAAACGAAAGCGUCAAGAUGAAUUGGAGGACAGAGACCUCGAGAUUGAGGAUCAAGCCCUCCGAAUCAAAGUCACGAGGUUAAAGGCCAGAUUUGACCAGAGCAUCAAGCGCAUGUACUCGGCGUUGAAACUAGCUCGGGGGUUCGAACGUCAGAAACUCGGUCGCCGGCAGAAAGCAGCCAGCAAUGACCCUCAGACUCUUUUACGACUAAGAGAAGAAGUCAUUGUGCUCAAGCAAUUGGAGCUUGACCAAACCGCGCGAAAAUAUCUUCUCAAGCACCUAUUCAAGGCCAAGCGGAUCAGGGAGCAUCCGGCAUUCAUCCAUAUCUACGGCCCGAAUCCUGCUGUUGAACCUACAAAGUCAACUGCAGAGGCAAACGUUUUGGGAAGGUUAUUCAAGUCAACUCCCGUGAAAAAUGUUGUACUGGAGAUCAUGAAAACAAUCUAUGGUGUGCUUGGGAUACCUCAAGCCGGGCCUAGAGGCGAAGCUGAGAGGAAGUCAGCCGCCAGUAGACCAAUCGAGCAAUCCGUGCACUCCAUUCGAGAAGGCGAAUUCCACGGCUUUUCGAGUGACAGUGCUCAAACAGAGGGUACUGCAAACCAUGACCAUUCUUUGGGAUCAGGUUCCGAAGAGGAUCGUCUUCUUGCUAAAUAUGCCGCGGGCAGACUAGCUUCAUCAGAUGAUGAUUCUGAUGGUGGCGCACCAGCAGAAUUAAGACGCUCAGAGAGGAAUGGCAGCAGGCUGAGGGGCGACCUUUCAAUCUCACCCAGUCCAAGUAGCUCCUCAGAUCGCCACCGGCAGGCUAUCGACGAUCAAAGGUCAGAACAGAAACUUACGAAAACCGCCUUUCUACCAUCACUGAGUCUUGGAGGGUACUACUCUGGAUCGGAGUCGGACGAUGAAGACACGUACCAACAUCGUGGCCCAGCGGAACCGAAAAUCAGGAAAAAUCGGCGAGGGCAGCGAGCGCGACAGCAGUUGGCAGAGUUGAAGCAUGGAAAGAAUGCCAAUCAUCUGGCAAAGCAGAAGGAACAGAAUUCCAGAGAUGCAGGCUGGGAUCCAAAGAGAGGCGCAGUGGCCACGGGGCACAAUCCCAGGGAACGUUCCCAAACAGGACGCCAUCAAAAGACAUCGGACGGCAAGGCUACUAGACAGGCCAGGCAACCAAGCUCUAAGGCGAAGACGAGAGAUGACCAAGGCCCACUACAUCCGUCUUGGGAGGCGGCUAGGAAACGGAAGAUGCAGACUCAACCCCAGGCGACUUUUGCUGGAAAAAAGAUAACCUUCGACUAG